AUGCAAUUAAUCUCGAUUUAUAUUUCGCUAAUCAUUAAUUUAUUCUUCUGUUAUGCCGAUAAACAAGAUAUGUCAAUUGAUGAAUUAAAAAAACUUAGUGAAUCGAUUGUCUGUCCGUCGUAUUUAUUCCGUUGUGAUAUUGUACAAUGUUUACCUUACGCAUUCGUCUGCAAUGGAGAAUAUAACUGUCAAGAUAAAACAGACGAAGCCAACUGUUCAAUAGCAAUCAUCAAUAGUGAUCUGUGUAAUACCAAAGCCUCUAUCAAUUGUGAACAAGAUAUUCUUCACAGUACACGUCUCAUCGAUCAUAAUAUUCGCUUCGAAUACACACGACCGAUUCAGAUAUGUAUUCACCGAUCAUCUGUCUGCGACGGUGUGAUUGAUUGCCGCAAUGGCAUUGAUGAACAAUGUACUCAACGAAAUCCAUUAAUAACAUGUUCUCGUGAUGAAUAUCAUUGCAAAAUAACGAAUCGUUGUAUACCUAAAACGUGGUUAUGUAAUGGAAUUAAUGACUGUCGGGAUCCAUAUGCAUCCGAUGAGUUGGGUUGUUCAACGGUCGUGAAAUGUUCAUCAAAUGAAUAUACUUGUGAAAGUAAAAAUCAAUGUAUACCAUCUUAUGCUGUUUGCGAUGGAAUUCAAGAUUGUGUUGAUGGUAGUGAUGAAACUUCAAGCUUAUGCCGUUUUCCUCGAUUUUGUACGCCUGAUCAAUUUGCAUGUAAAUCAACGAAAUUAUGUAUUCCAAAGUCAAAUUUAUGUGAUACGAUAACUCAAUGUCAUGAUCGUAGCGAUGAAAUGUCAUGCAGUUGUCCAAUUGAAGAUUAUGUCAGUCAAAAGUUAUUCUAUCGUUGUGGAUUAACUGAUAAAUGUCUUCCAAAAGAUGUCGAAUGUUACAUUAAACAUGAAUGUACCAACUUGGUCAUCGGACACGAUCACGAAGACGACGAUACUGAGGAUAAUGAGUGUUCCAUGGCAGUUUUAAACGAACCACCUUGUUUAGUGAAUAACACUUGUCUCGAUGAGAAUCAAUACUGUCGAGGUUAUUUUAAUAAGCGUUGCGUAUGCCAAGCAGGUUAUCGAAUGAAUGAAACAACUGGCAUGUGUGAAGACAUAAAUGAAUGUCGAGAACGGCUUGUAUGUGAUCAUUAUUGUAUCAAUACACUUGGCUCGUAUCGCUGUGCAUGUCAGGAACAUUAUCAGUUGAAAGCUGAUAAACAUACAUGUAUUCUUCAGGCGAAUCAAUACUCAUCUGCAACUCUAGUGGGUUUGUUCGAUGAUGGGAUCUAUCGAAUUAAUUUCACUACUGAACACGAACUGCCCAAGAAUAAAGAAUGGGGAACUAACAAAACAUUACUUAUGCUAUUAAAUCAUGCCUAUCUAAUCGAUCAUGACCCCGUCGAUAAUUAUUUGUACUUCACUGAAUGCACUACACCGAUCCGACCUGUAAUUAUGUCCUGUCCGAAAACACGGGGUAUCUUUCGAAUAAACCUAAACAAUUCAAUUUUCAAGAAAGAAAUAGUUGUUGAUGGCCGUGAUUACACAUCCAUUCAAUCCAUGGCAGUCGAUUGGUUACAUCGAAAUAUCUAUUUCGUUAACACACGAUUACAAACGAUCGACGUUUGCCGUCUGAAUGGAAGUUUUUGUCAUGUACUUCUUCAUCAAACAAUCAGUGACUACUUACCACAACGAAUUGUUCUCUAUCCGGAAAAAGGCUUACUUUUCUACACUGCCAUUGUAAAAUCUCACGCACAUCAUAUCUUACGUCUUGGCAUGGAUGGAACAAAUUUGAAGUUACUGUUUACAUCGAAAACGAUGAGCGACGUGGAUAAUCAAAACUAUCUUCGACCAUUGUUAACAUUUGAUCGGAUAACACAUCAUUUAUAUUUUUACAAUGGCUUCGAUCGAAUUUUUACAUUGAAUAUGCACGGUGAAGUUCUGCAUAUUCAGCACCAAGCUGUUCAUCGAUUUCACUCAUUUAAAGUAUAUGCUGAUAAAAUGUACAAAGCUUUGAUUGACCCAGCUGAUACAAAUCGAAGUGAAUUUCGAAUUAAUCCAAAGCAUGCCAUUGGCACAACAUUACUCGGACCAGGAUUCAUAUUCGAUCUCAAUCGAGUUGUCCAAACAUUUCAUAAUAAGUCAUCACGAUUUGGUGAAGGUACAUGGUCAUUAAAUGCUCUGCACAACCUGUACUACAUUCGAUACUCUCUACAAAUGUAUGACUUUCUCAUCUUCGAUUCGAAUGAAAAGAAAUUGGCAGAACAACGAUGUGAACAAUGUGAACAGUUGUGUUUUCCGAAUGCGAUCAAUCAAACUGAAGUUGCAUGUGGCUGCGCGCAGUACUAUAAUCUAGCUGACGAUGGUCGAUCAUGUAAAUCAAAUUGUGCACAACACUUCUUUGAUUGUCAACUGUCGAAAAAAUGCAUUCCGUUCUAUCAACGUUGUGACGGUUAUCAAGAUUGCAGCUCGAAUGAAGAUGAAAAUGAUUGUCAAGAAUUCAAAUGUAAUUCAUCAUCAUCGUUUCGUUGUUCAACAGAUAAGAAAUGCAUCACUAAAGAUGAUUUAUGCAAUAACGUAACUGACUGCUUACAUGGAGAAGAUGAAAAUGAUGUUAUCUGCGGACAUUAUUGUGAAUGGCCUAGUUUGAAUAUAUGUACAAAGAAAUACCCAAACCUUUGUUCUGACGUGGAGUUUUAUUGCGACGGCAAAUGCGUUUCGAUUAGUCAUCGCUGCGAUGAAAAUCCCUAUUGUUAUGAUGGGGCAGACGAACCUUUUGAUUGUGUCAAUGUGGCGUGUCCUAAUGGUUAUUUUAAAUGUUCAACAUCGGGAAAAUGUAUUCCAUUGGAGAAAGUUUGUGACAAUGUUGAUGAUUGCCCAGCAGUUGAACGAACGAAUGGCAUUAGUGAAGAUGAAACAUCGCACGCAUGCAAUUUUAUACUAAAUCACUUUUCUAACUUAACAACAUCUACACCAUCAUCGUCCUCACAGAUACCAUCGACUCAUCUAACUUGCGAAUCAACGGAUCUGUUUCGAUGUAAAACCAGCAAUUUUUGUAUUAAUCGGACAUUCGUUUGCGAUGGCGAUUUGGAUUGUUCGGAUUCUUCAGAUGAAGAAAAUUGUACUGAUGAUAAUGGUAUUCUUCCAUUAUCGAUUAUUAAAGAUUAUACAUGUAUGAAUGGUUAUCGUUGUGCGCAACAGCGACAUGAACAAUAUGAUUAUGUACCGUUAUGUGUACCAUUACAAGAUUUAUGCAAUGGUGUUGCUCAGUGUCCACUGGGCGAUGAUGAACAUAAAUUACGUUGUCAAAACUGUACAAAUUGUGAUCCAAAAACGAGUUUUUGCGAAAUAAUCAAUCGUUUGCCUGUUUGCCAAUGUAAAAAUGGUUAUGUUAAAGUAGCCAAUGGAAGUUGUGUUUUGGAAGAUAGUCUAUGUAAUUGGUCGUAUGGAACAUGCGCACAUGCAAAUAUUUCACGUCGAAAGAAUGAAGCCGAUUCGUGUUCGAGAAAGAAAUCGACAGUUCAAGUGUCCGAUUGUCAAUGUGACCGGGGUUACGAAAUACAAAAAACUGGAAAUAGUGCUUCAUGUGUCGUUAGAAGUAAUCGAACAUUUGAUGUUAUGCUCAAUCCUCAUACGUCAUUUCAAUUAAAUCAACAUGGCGUUGUCUUCACAACUGUAAAUCCGUCACAUCAUGUUAUUGAUGCCGCCUUUAUACCAGCAAAGGAUGGCUGGUUUUUGUUGUAUACAGAACAACGCAAUGGACGUGGGUACAUAUGGCAACAAAAAUUAGAUGAAGUUUUCAAUAUAAACAAUUAUUUACGAAAUAAUGCUACACAGAUCUGGUCGUCAUCGUUUUUCCAUUUCACUUCACUGGAAGUCGAUUGGAUUCAUCGUCUCGUCUAUGUUCUCUAUGAUGACCCAUCGUCGUCAUCGAAUGGUAUCGAAAUCAUGCAUGCAAAUAAAGACUACACUCAAUUAACAUUCGUGAAUCGAUUGACUUUCUCCAAUAUGAAAACGAUUUCAUCCAUCAAUGUACAUCCAUUGCAAGGAUAUCUUUAUAUUAGUGCGUACUAUGAUGCCCAACAUUCAUUGAUCUAUCGAAGUUUACUUGAUGGAUCAAAUCUGGAAACGUUUAUAAGUUUGUUUCAACCUGUGCUAAGUAUGACAAUCGAUUAUCGUCAUCCACGUUUGUAUAUAAUGUUAUCAAAUGGUGAGAUUGAAAGUUAUGCUUUGGAUUCGAGUCAACCGUGGAAAGCAAGUGUACAUCGGUUCAAAGAUGUGAGACCGUACUCGAUUGAUCUUCAUGAUGAUACCUUAGUUGUCAUGGUCUUCAAUGCCAGUGAUACAACAUAUAGCGAAAUGUGGGUGGAAAAAUUUGGUCGAAUGAUUACUGAUCAAUACCGUAAAUUUAAAACACCCAUGAUUAUUCGUUACAUACAUGAAUUCAAAUAUCCAACAGCAGAUAUAUCGAACAUGAUCGAACAGGUUUGUUCUGAUUCGUCAUGUCCGAACGAUCGUCUUUGCAUCUCCACUCCACUCUUUCGGCCAUUGUGCGUCGUUCCUGGAGAACUAAAUCUAUGCGGUUCAUCUUGUCAUACUCGUGGUAUUUGUUCCAAUGGGCAUUGCAUAUGUUCUAACCGAUCAUAUACUGGCGAUGAUUGUGAAAUGUGCCGACUGACAGAUUCAGUCAAUGUCGGAUGCUUGCAUAUUGGAAAUGAUUCUCAACCACCAUGUAUGUGCUAUUUAACCGAGUCGAAACGUCGACAGACACCUUAUGCAUGUACAACAUCACAAAAUGAACGUGGAGAAAAUGAAGUUCCAUGUGAUCUUAUUGUAUCACCUGUCCAACGAGAUCAGUGUUCUCGUGGAUUGUUUCUUGAUCCGAUAUGUGAUGAAGCAGCACAUACGCUGAUAUAUCAUAUUCAAACACAAACUUGUCUUUGUCGAGAGUUGCAAAAUAAGAAAUUUAAUUGCUUUAAUAACGGUCUUCUAAUGAUUGAUGAUACUGAUAAUUCGACAAUAUGCUCAUGUUCAUUGCCAUUCACCGGUAAUCAAUGUGAAGUAAAUCUUUGCCGGAAUCGAUGUCAGAACAAUGGCACUUGUACUAUCAAUGGCAAUAGUAUCAGUUGCAAUUGUCCAAAUGGAUUUGAUGGUAACCAAUGUGAAACAAACCUAUGUUACGAGCAAGAUUGUCAACACGGUAGUAAAUGUGUCGUAGAAAAUAACAAAGCAGCGUGCCAUUGUCGAAAGGGAUUUACUGGCAAACACUGCCAUAUUCGAAUUGGUUUACAAUGGCAAAGUUGGAUUUUAACACUAAUCGCAUGCGGUAUCUUACUGAUCAUUGCAUAUGGAUUCAUUCGACAUAAUUCGAAGAUUCUUCGUUUGAAAUAUUUAUUCGCUCAUCAUCGUCUUCAUGAGCAAAUUGGUUUAGAGACCAAUUCUCAUCAAACUAUGUACAGCUAUUUACCAACGCAAGAAAAUCAUAAUCAUGAUCAAGUAUUAGAAGAUGUUUUAGCUGACGAAACUGAAAUAUCAGCAUCGGCAAUGGCAAAAACUGAGUUCGCUGAUGAUCCGUUCUACGUUGAUGAAAAACAACCCAUUUUCAAUGGCGAUCAUCCGAACAAUCGAUCAUCUAAUACAGGCAUUUUAUAA